AUCUAUGGCAACAGCUUCUAGUGUUGAUCAUCCCAAGAUGGCGGACGAGGAGCAAACCACGGCGCUCCCAGUUUCUAUGGAAGCCAAGAAACGUCGGGCACCUAAAGGAUACUAAUAGAGUGAGGUUGGAACUAAUCGUCCUGCAGAGGUCACCCUCACCCUUCUCUCCACCAGCCCUAAAAGGAAUAAGCUGUGCAUGCUGGAUGCAGCUGAGCCAUGUUCCAGAUAUUUCUCUGUGUGGAAAAUGUUUGUUUAUCAUUGAGGAUAUUUUGUCAUCAUAAUUAUGGACUAAUGUCCCAAUAACCAGUUAAAUCUGUUGCUCAUGGAUUAAGCGUUUUUGUUUAUGUUUAAUUUUACAGUGUUUUGUAAUUAUCAUCAGCACUGCUAAGGAUGCAAGCCCUAUGGAAGCUGUUACGAACAUGCUAUUGUAUCUUAAUGUAUGGUAUUGCAUUGCCAUGCGUUGAUCUUUCACACGCCAUGCAAGCCCUUACUGUUGUGUAGUUUAAUAGGGCUGCACAAUGAAUUAAAAUAUGAUCAAAAUUGCAAUGUGGCCAAGUUCAGUAUCCAAAUCACAGAAGCUGCAAUUUUUUGAUAGGUAGGUAAAGGUAAAAUAUGUGACAAAAUAAAAAGUACUGAGUGCUGCAGAGAUGCUCCGGCCUACAAAUCUUGUUUACCAGAUGUAAGAAAACAUGUUUGUUUGGUACAGACCCAGCAAAUGUCACAUCAUCAUGAUUUUAAUAGUUUUUUCAGGGAAAAUAAAAUUGUAAUGCAAAAAUGAUCACUUUGUAAAUCAUAUCACAAAUCGUAAUAUCUGUCAAAAUAAUCGCAAUGUGAUUUUUUUUUUUUUUCUAACAUACAAUGCAGUCCUAGUAGUUGUUGUAUAAGUUGAGGAGAUAAAUCAAAACCCUAAUUAUGUUAAUGUAAGCUAAAGUGACUGAGUAAUGAAGUAAUAAAAACAGAAACUAAAGUUUAGAUUUGAAUUGGUUGAUGAAAUAGAAGUGUAAAGUACUGUGUAAGUGAAGUAGUAAAAACUCCAUUAACAAAACAACAAGAGUAAUUUGGAAUAACCAUACAAUAGAAGGUAAGCAGUGAAAUAUAAAGCUCUAAGAACAUAUGCCACACACGCAUGGGAAUAGACUUCAAAUAAAAAAAUGCGAACAUACAGUAACUUUAAAAAUAUGAAAUGAAUUAACGCAAUGUUUGAAAGCACCUGCUGCGUUAAAAAUAGAAUGGCAGUCAGUGCAUGAACAUAACGCCUUUCACAUAUAGUAUAUACAGUGUAAAUAUAAUUGGUGAUAUAGCAUGUACUAUGAUUGGAUGAUGAAUUUUUGGUCCAAAGUAAUUUCAUGAGAAAGAAGUGAACCAUCAAAAAAUAAUCAAAUAAAAAGCCAUAAAUCUUUUAAUUGUCUCCAUAAGCUACAGAAUGCAUUCUGUAAUUACCAUCAUGAAAUGUAAUUAGGCUUAUAUAAUGCACACACAAAAUGUAUUAUGUUACCCACAACAAGUGCAUUUUGGUCUUUUAUUACAUUUUGUGCAAUGCUGUUACUCCAUUCUUGUGAACACAUGAGGUGUUGCAAAGAUUUGAGCAUGCCCUCAAGAAAGACCUAAAAGGAGCUGUUAUUUUAUUUUAUUUCCAGCCAUUUCACCUGUUUUCAAUACACCACGUUUCAGUUUUAUAGAACCAAGUGUCAAUUUGUUGACAUUAUUAUAUAAUCUGCCAUAUUUUGUCUUUUUUCAAGAUAUUGCCACCUAUUUCUGUCAAAACCCUGGGAAGAAUAUGUGUCUGAGGCUGAAUAUGAGACUAAUUGAGAUUGAGAGUAAUUCCAGUGGUUUUUGAAUUUUUUUGUGGUAAAACUUCCAAAAUAAUUUUCAUCGUAUUUUUCAUUACAUUCUCCCCAUGUGUCUUUUGAUCUCAGCAUGCCUCUCCUCUGCUCUUAUCCCCUUUUAACAGAUGGUUGAAGCACAUGGAAGGCAAAUCUGUCUUGGCAUUAGCCAGAUCAAAUAUAACAAUGAGAAAAUUCCUCCACGUUUGGGAGGAAGUUUUUCCACAGGACUAUAUUUAGGAGACGUCAUGCUGUGCUGUUCAUCCUUGCUCCUUUCUACGCUUCUUUUAUACGCUCCAGAACUUCCCAUUGUGGAGAGAAGAAACUGGCUAAUCCACCAGCACUAUAUCCGCAAAGACUAUGAUACCUGUAAGGCAAUCAUCAAAGAACAACUGCAGGAGACAAAUGGAAUGUGUGAAUAUGCCAUAUAUGUUCAAGCACUAAUCUUGCGUCUUGAGGGCAAGAUCCAACAGUCACUGGAGCUGUUUCAGAGCUGUGCCAUCCUUAAUCCCAGCAGUGCUGACAAUCUCAAGCAAGUGGCCAGAUCACUAUUUCUCCUGGGAAAGCACAAAGCAGCUAUUGAAUUCUAUCAUGAAGCUGCAAGGCUCAACGAGAAAGACUGGGAGAUCAGUCAUAAUCUGGGGUUGUGCUAUUUCUUCAUCAAAGACUUCAAAAAUGCUGAAGAGCAUCUAAACAUAGCUCUCCAGAUAAACAAACACGACAAGACUUUCAUGAUGCUUGGGAAGGUUCAUUUGCUGGCUGGAGAAACCGACAAGGCUAUCGAAGUGUACAAGAGAGCAGUGGAAUUCUCUCCGGAGAACACUGAACUCUUGACUACUCUUGGCCUGCUAUUUUUAGAGCUUGGAAAAUACCAAAAAGCUUUUGAGCACCUUGGUAAUGCCCUCACUUUUGACCCCAACAAUUAUAAGGCCAUCCUGGCUGCAGGCAGCAUGAUGCAGACCCAUGGUGACUUUGAUGUGGCUAUGAACAAGUACCGAGUGGCAGCAUGUGCUGUGCCUGAGAGCCCUCCUCUCUGGAAUAACAUUGGCAUGUGCUUCUUUGGAAAAAAGAAAUAUGUAGCUGCCAUCAGCUGCCUAAAGCGGGCCCACUACUUGUCUCCUUUUGACUGGAAAGUGUUGUACAACCUAGGUCUGGUACACCUGACCAUGCAGCAGUAUGCCUCUGCCUUCCACUUCCUCAGCGCCGCCAUCAACCUGAACCCACGUAUGGGGGAACUCUACAUGUUGCUGGCAGUGGCUCUGACCAACUUGGAGGAUGUAGAGAAUGCCACCAGAGCGUAUGAACAAGCUGUGACAAUGGACGAAUCUAAUCCUCUGGUCAACCUGAACUUUGCGAUCUUCCUCUAUAAUCAUGGUGAAAAGAAGGGAGCUCUGGAUCAGUAUCAGGAGAUGGAGAGGAAAGUCAACCUACUUCGAGACAGCAGUAACAACUUUGAAUUUGAUCCUGAGCUAAUGGACAUGGCUCAGAAGAUGGGAGCUGCCCUGCAGGUGACAGAGAGUCUGGUGUGGACUAAACCAGGCAAGGACUCCAAAUCAAAAACAAACUCUGCAGCAACCACCAAAACCCCUGGUGCUCCCCUUGGUACUAACCAGGCUCUGGGACAAGCCAUGUCUUCUGCUGCAAGCUACAACAAGAACAUCCAGCUACCAACAGGAGUUUCCAAAGGCCCCUCCAUGCCCCUCGAGCCAGAACCUGACGUGGAGAAUGCCCCCAGCCCACCCACUGAUCCUCCAGGCUCCCCAGAAUAUCCAGAGUCAGACAAGCCCAAACCCAAAACCUCCAAGAGGAAAUCUAAGGUGGAGGAAUGAAUUAGCUUGGUGGCCAUCAUUUAUGUGACAUCUUUGUCUUAAGAUCACUCACAUGUUAUGGAGCCAAAUUAAGGUUCUUAAACAGCAACCAAGCUAUUUGUGGUUUUCUAGCUGAUUGUAGUUAGAAACUUUGAGUUAUAGGCUUCUGGUUUAGGUACAUGUUGCACAGACAUUUCAUGUCCUACACAAUAAUUGACUUUACUCUAAAGGCAACUCCAAUGUCAACGUUUGUCAUACCAUUUAUUUCAGGAAUAUUGAAUGUCAGUGCAUCACAUUUUAAACCAAAAUUCUGAGAUAAUCAAGUGUUUCAUGUAACUCUACGUAGAUGUGGCAGUUUUGGCUCACAUGUUAAAACCAGAUCCAAUGGAUGUUGCAGUUUAAGAUUCUCUAUUCGACAAAAUGGUAAUAUGGUAAUUUGUGCAGUUGCAGGUGUUAAUAUUCAGAUGAGCUAAGCAAUAAGGUUAAAUGGCGAGUUUUCCUUGGGUUGACAUUUCUAAUGAAGCUGUCAGUCCCUCUGCUGUCGGGCGUCCCCACAGCUGUUACCAAUGUUAAGGAAAUGCGCGACAAUCACUGUUAAAAUCAGAGUACAGAAAGGAAUGUUUUUGAAUAGUUACAGGAUUUUGCUUGUUUGUAUGAUAGGUCUCUAUUUGAGGGUUGAGUGUAAAUAGUGAUACAUGCUUUUAUAUGUGGAUAAAUGUUUUGUUUAUAGAGAGUCAUGUAUUUAAUAUUAAAUAAGAUACUUUAAAGAAA